UUUCGUAAUUUUUGGGCUACGAAAGGCCACUUUCUUUGGAUUUUCUUGGCUACAGAUCACGGAUUCGGCCUGAAGCUAUUCUUCAACGAUGAUUAAGUCCAUUAAGCAUCGAUUUGGGCGAAUUAAUUUCUGGUCAAUUUUUGGCGGAUUCCAAUGGGUACUAUCAAAGAUUUUGGGCGAUUUUCCCUAAAUGCCAUUUUCUUUGAAUCUGGAGGCUACAGAUCACGUAUUCAGGACAAGACUAUUAUCCAUUGAUAAUGAAGUCUAUUGAUCCUAUUCUACACAGAUGAUAAGUCCAUUAAGCACCUAUUUGUCCCAAUAUAUUUUCCGAUGGCAUUUUCGUAAUUUUUUGGGUGACUAGAGGCCAUUUUCUUUGGAUUUUGAAGGUUACAGAUCACAGAUUUGCCCUGAGGCUAUUCUUCAACGAUGAUUGAGUCCAUUAAGCAUGGACUUGGGCGAAUUUAUUCCGGGUCAAUUUUUGGCGAAUCCAAAGGGGUACCAUCACAGAUUUUGGGCGAUUUUCCCGAAAUGCCAUUUUUUUCGGUUAUGGAACCUAGUGAUCACGGAUUCAGGCAGAGGCUAUACUCCACCAAUAAUGAAGUCUAUUGAUCUUAUUCUCCACAGAUGACAAGUCCAUUAAGCACCGAUUUGGCCCAAUUAUUUUUGGAUGACAUUUUCGUAAUUUUUUGGGCGACGAUAGGCCAUUUGCUUUGGAUUUUGACGGCUACAGAUCACGGAUUCUGCCUGAGGAUAUUCUUCAAUGAUGAUUACGUCCGUUAAGCACGGAUUUAGGUGGAGUUAUUCCCGGUCAAUUUUUGGCAGAGUCCGACGGGGUACCAUCACAGAUUUUGGGCGAUUUUCUCGAAAUUGCAUUUUCUUUUGAUUCUGGAGGCUACAGAUCACGGAUUCAGGCCGAGGCUAUUAUCCACCAAUAAUGAUGUCUAUUGAUCCUAUUAUGCGCUGAUGAUAAGUCCAUUAAGCACCGAUUUGGCCCAAUUUAUUUUCGGAUGACAUUUUCGUAAUUGUUUGGGCGACGAAAGGUCAUUUUCUUUGGAUUUUGAAGGCUACAGAUCACGGAUUCGGCCUGAGGCUAUUCUUCAACGAUGAUCAAGUCCACUAAGCACGGAUUUGGGUGAAUUUAUUCCGGGUCUAUUUUUGGCGGAUUCCAAAGGUGUACCAUCAAAGAUUUUGGGCGAUUUUUCCGAAAUGCCAUUUUCUUUCGAUUCUGAAGGCUACAGAUCACGGAUUUAGGCCAAGGCUAUUCUCCACCGAUAAUGAAGUCUAUUAAUCCUAUUCUACGCAGAUGAUAAGUCCAUUAAGCACCAAUUUGGCCCAUUUUAUUUUUGGAUAACAUUUUCGUAAUUUUUUGGGCUACGAAAGGCCAUUUUCUUUGGAUUUUGAAGGCUACAGAUCACGGAUUCGACCUGGAGCUAUUCUUCAACGAUGAUUAAGUCCAUUAAGCAUCGAUUUGGGCGAAUUUAUUACGGGUCAAUUUUUGUCGGAUUCCUAAGGGGUACCAUCACAGAUUUUUGGCGAUUUUUACUAAAUGCCAUUUUCUUUGAAUCUGGAGGCUAUAGAUCACGUAUUCAGGACAAGGCUAUUAUCCAUUGAUAAUGAAGUCUAUUGAUCCUAUUCUCCACAGAUGAUAAGUCCAUUAAGCACCUAUUUGUCCCAAUUUAUUUUCCGAUGGGAUUUUCGUAAUUUUUUGGGCGGCUAGAGGCCAUUUUCUUUUGAUUUUGAAGGUUACAGAUCACAGGUUUGUCCUCGGGCUAUUCUUCAAUGAUGAUUGAGUCCAUUAAGCAUGGAUUUGGGAGAAUUUAUUCUGGUUCAAUUUUUGGCGGAUUCCAAAGGGGUACCAUCACAGAUUUUGGGCGAUUUUCCCGAAAUACCAUUUUGUUUCGAUUAUGGUACCUAGUGAUCACGGAUUCAGGCAGCGGCUAUACUUCACCGAUAAUGAAGUCUAUUGAUCCUAUUCUCCGCAGAUGACAAGUCCAUUAAGCACCGAUUUGGCCCAUUUUAUUUUUGGAUUACAUUUUCGUAAUUUUUUGGGCGACGAAAGGUCAUUUUCUUUGGAUUUUGAAGGCUACAGAUCACGGAUUCGGCCUGAGGCUAUUCUUCAACGAUGAUCAAGUCCACUAAGCUCGGAUUUGGGUGAAUUUAUUCCGGGUCAAUUUUUGGCGAAUUCCAAAGGUGUACCAUCACAGAUUUUGGGCGAUUUUUCCGAAAUGCCAUUUUCUUUCGAUUCUGAAGGCUACAGAUCACGGAUUUAGGCCAAGGCUAUUCUCCACCGAUAACGAAGUCUAUUAAUCCUAUUCUACGCAGAUGAUAAGUCCAUUAAGCACCGACUUGGCCCAUUUUAUUUUCGGAUUACAUUUUCGUAAUUUUUUGGGCUACGAAAGGCCAUUUUCUUUGGAUUUUGAAGGCUAUAGAUCACAGAUUCGGCCUGAAGCUAUUCUUCAAGAUGAUUAAGUCCAUUAAGCAUCGAUUUGGGCGAAUUUAGUUCGGGUCAAUUUUUGGCGGAUUCCAAAGGUGUACCAUCACAGAUUUUGGGCGAUUUUCUCGAAAUGCCAUUUUUUUCGAUUCUAGAGGCUACAUAUCACAGAUUCAGUCCGAGGCUAUUAUCCACCAAUAAUGAUGUCUAUUGAUCCUAUUAUACGCAGAUGAUAAGUCCAUUAAGCACCGAUUUGGCCCAUUUUAUUUUAGGAUUAAAUUUUCUUAAUUUUUUGUGCGACGAAAAGCCAUUUUCUUUGGAUUUUGAAGGCUACAGAUCACGGAUUUGGCUUGAGGCUAUUCUUCAACGAUGAUCAAGUCCACUAAGCACGGAUUUGGGUGAAUUUAUUCCGGGUCAAUUUUUGGCGGAUUCCAAAGGGGUACCAUCACAGAUUUUGGGCGAUUUUCCCGUAAUGCAAUUUUCUUUUGAUUCUGGAGGCUACAGAUCACGGAUUCAGACCGAGGCCAUUAUCCACCGAUAAUGAAGUCUAUUGAUCCUAUUCUCCGCAAAUGAUAAGUCUAUUAAGCAUUGAUUUGGCCCAAUUUAUUUUACGAUGACAUUUUCUUAAUUUUUUGGGAGACGAAAUGCUAUUUUCUUUGGAUUUUGAAGGCUACAGAUCAUGGAUUCGGCCUGAGGCUAUUCUUCAACGAUGAUCGAGUCCAUUAAGCACGAAUUUGGGCGAAUUUAUUCCGGGUCAAUUUUUGGCGGGUUCCCAAUUGUACCCAUCACAGAUUUCGGGUGAUUUUCCUUAAAUGCCAUUUUCUUUCGAUUCUGGAGGCUACAGAUCACGGAUGUAGGCUGAGGCUAUUCCCCACCGAUAAUGAAGUCUAUUGAUCCUAUUCUACGCAGAUGAUAAGUCCAUUAACCACCGAUUUGGCCCAAUUUAUUUUCGAAUGACAUUUUCUAAUUUUUUGGGCUACGAAAGUACAUUUUCUUUGGAUUUUGAAGGCUACAGAUCACAGAUUCUGCCUGAGGAUAUUCUUCAUUGAUGAUUACGUCCGUUAAGCACGGAUUUAGGUAGAGUUAUUCCCGGUCAAUUUUUGGUAGAGUUCGAAGGGGUACCAUCAGAGAUUUUGGGCGAUUUUCUCGAAAUGGCAUUUUCUUUUGAUUCUGGAGGCUACAGAUCACGGAUUCAGGCUGAGGCUAUUAUCCACCAAUAAUGAAGUCUAUUGAUCCUA